AGAUUAAAUGGUGACUGAAGAGGGCACCGCUGAUAUUGAAGCCGAAGCUCCGAGUCCUAAGCCGCCGGCUCAGCAGCCUCUUCCUGAAGAGGCUUCUUCAUCUUUGUUAAUUCGGAGGAAAAAGAAAGGCAGGAGGGGAAGCAGUGCUGGCAGAGUGGUUUGGGAUCAAUCAAUCCUGUGCGUGUAUUGUGGGGUUCAAGAGGGCUUGCAAUGCCGCUGUUGUUUGCGACGGCCUGUGACGACGGGCGAAAAUCACAGACGAGAAGGCAACCUGGGCGUCCUAGACGAAAGAGGAUCGAGUCGUAAGCGUCCGAGGUCCGCGAGGUUCAAGUUGAUGUGA